GUUGGGAAAGCCAUCUUUUAACUGGUACCUAAUGUUGGGAUUGUGUUGCAAAGUGUCACCUUAACUGUAUAAGCAACCCAGUUGACUAUUCCUGCAGAAAUUCAAGUGUAGUAAGACUACCCUGACAAUCUGUGUUAAUAGAAGAGACCAUUUGUUAGCCACCAGGUGAGGCUGAUGCUAUCCUCUCUGCUCACUAAGAGAGAGAAUGAUGCUCACAGGACAGAAGUACUGACUCUUCUCUCCUUGCUUAGAAGUCAAAUGAAAACAAAAUAACCCACCCUUAACUGCUUUUAGUCAGCCUUGUUUUUCUCAUGAAUAGAAUAGGCUCUUGAAGGCCCACGGAGUGAAAUGGAUUUUAGCCAAAUCUGGGCCUCAUCCUUCAGUUUUGGUGGAGAAGAGGGAUGAGAAGCUGGCCCAGGAAAGUGUCUGCUGUACCCAACCAGCCAUGAGAUGGUGCUGCGCAUUCUUAACAUGAGUCACGAUCUAGCUAUUAAAUUACUAAGGGGGUUCUAAAACCAGAUAGUGUUUUCUAUAAAUUUUAUCUUGGCCACAAGGGCGUGGCAAAUGUCUGCAGAGAGAGUGGUUUUCUGCUCCUGAUUACAUUGAAAUACUGGUUUACUUUAGGGUUUCAAUGGAGAAUGAUUUCUUCAGUGCUGGAGACAGCAGGAGACAGGAAGAAAGGGAUCUAUUUGAAAACAUGAGAUAUACUGACAUUCUGUUUCACUUGCUGCUCUUUCAAUUUACAUACUUCAAGUUCCCAAGCAACUCACACUUGCAAACACAGCUAUGGAUACACUAUUUGUCUUGACAAUAGUUACCUUGGAAUUUACAUCUAGUUUUCUAUCUCCACUCCCCUGUUUCCUAAUCAUAUAAAGCGUGGAUGGUAGCAGGUUGAGUUAGAGAGUUUUUAUGAGUCUGUGUUAUUGGUCUGUAGCCACUAGUGUGAAGCUAGGCAGGAUGAGUGGUCAGGACCUAGUCACUUUGAAUGUGGGAGGGAGGAUAUUCACAAUGAGGCUCUCUACCCUCAAGCAGUUCCCUGCCUCUCGCUUGGCAGGCAUGUUAGAUGGCAGAGACCAAGAGUUCAAGACAGUUGAUGGCCAGAUUUUUGUGGACAGAGAUGGUGCUUUAUUUAGUUUCAUUUUAGAUUUUUUGAGAAAUCAUGAGCUUCUGUUACCCUCGGACUUUUCAGACCAUCAUAGGCUUCAGAGAGAGGCUCUUUUCUAUGAACUUGAUUCUCUUGUUGAUCUCUUAAGCCAAUCCCUGCUCCAAUCAAGAUCUGCUGUCAUGGAGGUCCAUUUCCUAAACCAAAAUACUCAAGCCUUCUUCAGAGUGUUUGGCUCUUGCAGCAAAACAAUCGAGAUGCUAAGUGGGAGGAUUACAAUGUUUGUGGAGCGACCCACAGCACUGCCCGGGAACAGGAACUCCCCUCUGGCUUUACCUCCACAAAGACCUUCUCACCACGAUCUGCUUUUCCACUGUGGCUCCGAUGGCACUGCUGAGAACCAAGCUGGAGUCAGGUACAUUUCCAUAAAGCCUGAUAAUCGAAAAUUGGCCAACGGAACAAAUGUCUUGGGCCUACUGGUGGACACUUUAUUAAAGGAAGGCUUUCAUCUGGUCAGCACUAGAACACCGGCCUCUGGAGAAAAAAGUGAAUGUUAUGUCUUUGAAAGGAUAAAAAGCCCUCAAGUCCUUGGGAUGAGUAAAACACCCAAAUCAGAAAUUACCACCAUGCCAGCACCAUCUCAGAAGUGACACUGUUCUUUGGACAUUCCAUAUCGGGGGCUGUCUGUCAGAUCUGUACUGUGUAACUUUGGGUUCCUCGAGCAGUGCUUAAAGCCACAGUGCCUCUUCUCUUAAAUCAGCACUGGACUUUGUGCUCUGGCCCUUGCUUCUUUUGCCAUGAACCCUCAUAGUUUUUAGAAAUGGGCUCUGGACUUGGACUGUGUCUAAUCCUAGUUUAGUCAUUUAUUAGCUAUGUGACUUAAUUGAGACAUUUCUGUGUUUUAAUUUUUAUCUAUUAACUAGGGACAAAAAAAAGUAGCUCCCCUCACAGGCCUAUGAGGAGGUGGUUAAAGGAGACAAAGUUCUCAUUAUGUUGCCCGGCAUGUGGUAGGCAUUCAGUAACUGUUAUUAAUGAUAAUGAUCAUGGGUCACUUGCUUUCAAACCCCUCUCUUCUCCAGGGCCUUGUUUUCUCCCUUGCCUUUUGCUUCUCUGCAGUGUCAGUGCCUUAGAGUUCUAUUGCUAUAAGGAGACACCAUGACCAUGGCAAUGUCAUGUUUUUAUAAGGAAAACAUUUAAUUGUGGCUGGCUUACAGUUUCAGAGAUUUAGUUCAUUAUCAUCACAGUGGUCAGCAUGGUAGUAUCCAGAUGGACAAGGUGCUGGAAAAGCCAAGAGUUCUAAAUCUUGAUCCUUAGACAACAGAAGGAAACUGUAUCACCCUGAGCAUAGCUUGAGCAUAGGAGACUUCAAAGCCCACCUCCAUAGGGACAUGCUUCCUCAAACAAGGCCACACCUCCUAGUAGUCCCUACUCCCUAUGGGCCAAGCGUUCAAACACAUGAGUCUAUUGGGAGCCACACCUAUUGAAACCACCAGUCAGUGAUUGAACCCUCAUGCAUACAAAGUAAGCCCUCUAUGACUAUGAUUGUACUCCUCAGCAGAUGAUCCUUCUGUAUAGACAUAUAUCAUCAUAAAACCAGGUUUCAAGCCGGGUGGUGG